AUGCUUUUCGCCGAAAGAAACAUUCAAGAUCAAUUGAUUUGUGACGAACAACGCCCUGAUAUGCGAAUACUGUGGAAUCGUAAGUGCAUUGAAGCAGUGGAAAACGAUGGUAUGGUGGAUAAACGUGAAUAUUUCGCUCCACAACAUUUAUUCGCUGUAGUUUUGUCCUGUGAUUCGUUUAAAGAACUUGUUAGAAGUAAUAGCAUGGAAGACUUUGUUGCGACACAAAAGUUGUCGUAUUCUGUUGCGAAUUCAACACUGGUCCUCAUAGUUUUCGGGAAUGAUUCUCGUCAGAUGUUCGAGUUUGCAAUCGAGCUGUUUGAUUGCUAUCGAACUCAGUUGCAUUAUGUUCACAGUGCGGAAGAAUUUGCCGUUUAUCUUGCUCAAAUCAGUCGUGCAUUAGCCAAAAUGGAACGCUGUCAAGCUCACCACGACCGACUGGUCGUCGAUGUAGAGAAGGGCGUCAAAGAUGCGCCACCAGAUGAGAUGGUUCGUGACUGGUGGAAUAAAAUGCUGGCAGUGAUUUGUCGUAUGCAAGACGGGCAAAGGCGAGCUCUUAUGGCAGCAUAUCCGAACCCGUUUAUAGCGGGCCGUCGAUUCCAAGAGAUGGGUUACACACUUGCCGUGCGAGAACUGGCCGAACUCCAAACGGAAGGUGGACGUCGGCUUGGCCCUGUGAUGGCUCACCGUCUUUUCAUGAUUAUCACUGACACUUCAGGAAUGGAAAUAGGCGACUCCGCUUCUACGAUGCAGGUCCGCCUGCAUGCUCGUAAUAUGUUUGCAUUUGCUGUCGGAGCUGCAUUCAUCUAUCUUGCCUAUUUGAUAUUCUUCAAAACUGGUGAUGGCUUCCCAGAAAUUGACGUUGAUCUCAGCAAUGUUGUCAGCUAUGCUGUUUUGGCAGUGGAGAUGGGUGGAUAUGCUGUGCGUAAAAUACACGAGGAGAACGCAUUGAAUAUUGCGCAGAAAGGCCUGACUGACGAAGGAAAAGCUGAGUUACUAACCAAGGCUGAUCUCGUAUCGAACUUCCUAAUCCUCGAUGUUUUACAGCGAUUUCCCCGUCUAAAGAUUGUAACUGAAGAAAAGGAUUCGUCCAUUUCGGAAUCCGAUGCAGCGCCAUAUCGAGCUGAUUCUUACUCGAUGUGGUUGUCCAUCCGCGAUGUACUCGCUAUGAUUCCUUCUCGCCGUCUUACGCUUUCUGACGUUCUGGUUUAUGUUGACCCUCUCGAUGCCACUCAGGAGUACACCGGUAUCGAUUCGUACCUUCUGAAGCUGUGUUUAUUGAAAUUCUUCGUUGCAAUGCUCUCAACAACUUUUCAGAGGGCCUGA